UUGCUAUGAGACCCGCUCGAGCGGAGGACCAGCAGCCAGCCCGACGCUGAUGGUUCUUACCUCGUACUAAAACCUUUGCUUUGACACAGUUUUAGAGUUGCUUAAUAUUCGAGCAAGCACCUGACACGGGUGACUUUCUCCUUCUUUUUUUCCUCCAGUCCCUCGGGUAAGAUGGAGGUAGAAAAUGAAGCCAGCUGCUCCCCGGGCAGCGCAUCAGGCGGGUCCAGAGAGUACAAGGUGGUAAUGCUGGGAGCAGGGGGAGUUGGUAAAAGCGCAAUGACAAUGCAGUUUAUUAGUCAUCAGUUCCCUGAUUAUCAUGACCCUACUAUAGAAGAUGCUUAUAAGACCCAGGUCAGGAUUGACAAUGAGCCAGCUUACUUGGACAUCUUGGACACUGCUGGCCAGGCAGAAUUCACAGCCAUGCGGGAGCAGUACAUGCGAGGUGGGGAAGGCUUCAUCAUCUGCUACUCCGUCACUGACCGUCAAUCAUUUCAGGAGGCUGCCAAGUUUAAAGAGCUCAUUUUUCAGGUCCGCCACACCUAUGAAAUUCCCCUGGUGCUGGUGGGUAACAAAAUUGAUCUGGAACAGUUCCGCCAGCCUACACUGAAAGAGUUUGGAAGGGAAGAAUUCUGAUGGUUGAAGCUGCUUCUUUUCAUAUUUGGUAAGAAUAGGUGCCUGUAUUCUUAAUGCAUUUUGGGAAAUCCCAGGGCCCUUUCUAAAAAAGAUAAAAAAAAAAAAAAAACACAACGAGUUUUAGUGUAUUAUGUGUUUAUCAUUAUUCACCUCCUUGAGCUUUAAUGUGGAAGGAUUCAAAGGAUAGUAUUUAAUCUGUGAAAAAUAUUCAUUUUGAUGGUGAUAUUACUGAUGAUACAUUUAGUGUUUUCAAGGCUCUGUGCUGGGCACGUUACACACAGGAUUUUAUUUAAUCCUCACUACAAGACCAUGAAGUAGUCUCCUUUAUACCUAUUUACAUAUGAGUCAACUGAAUCUCUGAUACAUUCAAUAACUUGUUCAAGGUCACACAGCUAGUUAGAGUUGAGAGACAAAACCCAGUGUAUUCUCACUUAAAAUCUCACUGUGUCUUAUGGUUGGCCUACAAACCAUUGUCAUUUUAUCAUGAACUUAUUUUUUUAUAUCAGCUUCAAGAUACUAGCAUGCUUCUUAGAGCAAUAGCAUCUUGUGGACAAGGAGGAGCAGGAAGAAUCAGGAUAAUAAUUCUUUGGGUUUGGAGUGGGCAGUUCCAGGCCAUGGACAAGCCAGUAGUAGCCCAAAGUUGGUUUCCUUACCCUUUUGGUGGGAGGAAAAAUAAAAGUAAGGAAAUGGGUUUCAAAAUUACUGGAAAGUUGUGUUUUAUAACAGCCAAAAAAUACUGUCCAAGGUUUAUCCAGACUAUUCUAAAGUCUGUCUUAAUUCCUGAACAACAUUAGGUCCUUGAGCUCCCAAGGUCUUUGUCCCUAUUCAUGCAGGCUUCUGUCUUCCCACUGGAGAGUAGAAGGAGAUAGGCCCGGAUUUCUCUUUUUCCAAAACCCUGACCGGCUGUGCAAAGUAGAAGCAGUCUAUGAAUGAAGGAAGUUUCAGGGAUUUGGGAGCUAGAUUAGAAAGUUUUACGUCAAUUGCAGACCACAAACUUUUUUUUUUUUGAGAUGGAGUCUCACUCUGUCGCCCAGGCUGGAGUGCAGUGGUACAAUCUCCACUCACUGCAACUUCCACCUCCCAGCUUCAAGUGAUUCUCCUGCUUCAGCCUCCCGUGUAGCUGGGAUUACAGGUGCCCACCACCACGCCCAGCUAAUUUUUGUAUUUUUAGUAGAGACGUGGUUUCACUAUGUUGGCCAGGCUGGUCUCGAACUCCUGACCUCAGGUGAUCCUCCAGCCUCGGCUGCCCAAAGUGCUGGGAUUACAGGCAUAAGCUACUGCGCCCAGCCAAACUGUUUUAUCCUGAAGAUAUCCUGAAGAUAGACAAACUUUCCGUACCAACAGCGUAAUUGCAGCUUAAUUCUCAGCUUUAGGCCUUGAAACUCUGCUUCCCACAGUCUACGUAACUCUUGAAGUACUGAGUUGAAAUCAUGAAAGGCCUUUAUUUAUUCUUUAGUGAUAUAUCUAAUUAAAAUAGUUUCAUUUCUUUACUUAGAGGGGUAUUUGGAACCAUGAGGAUUAGGAAUUCCUGGAUUAAAAAAGCAUAAUAUCUACUUAGAGUUCUAUCAAGCAUCUACUUAUCUUUGGAGAGUGGUGACGUUUUUGGAAUAUAGUAAAGGCAUGAGUAAUCCAGUCCCUGUCCUCAAGAACUUUCUAUUCUCCUCAGGAUCUGUGCAUAUGAUGUAGGGAGAAAGCCCCCCUUAAACGACACAAUUAAAUGUUGAACAAUAUAGCACAAUUCAUAGGUGCAAUGCUUUUUGAAAACCAGGAGAGACCCAUGUGGGUAGCACAUUUGAAGAACGAAGAUACUGAAUGAAUGGAUGAAUAUCUUGACCAAGUAAGAAAGAUAAGGUGAAUGGUGACGGUUAUUUUAGGAAGGACUGAAAAGGAUCAAUCUAGAGAGGAAGAAAGAAACCUUGGGUCUUACGAAUGUACACAAGCAGCAGAGUGAUCAGUGGCAAACUUGGAAGAUCAGUCUGCCUAGUACACAUAUAUCAAGCGUCCUAAGCAUAAUUUCAUAGUGUCUCCCUUGUAGACACAUUUAAUCAAAGACAAAACAUAAAUAUGUAGCAGAGCAUAUUGGAUAUAAUGUAAUGCAGUAAUUAAUUGCAAAUACCACUCAAACUUAAAAAAAUAAGAGUAGUGCUUAAUUAUCUUUCAUCAUCAGUGCAUUGGAAAAUUUAUAUAAACAUAUUUUCCAAAUGAUGAGGGCUUAUUUUUUGAAGAGAAAAAAAGGUUCGGUAAUUUACUCAUUAUUUUGGGAUAGAUAGCCAAAUUCAAUUAACAAUUAAUUAGCUUUAUUUAUCUUUUCCAUAGCAUUUUGUAAUAUGUUAUUUAAUUAAAUUAAAUAAAUGUGAAUGUAUUAACUCCAAUUGAGACAGAAAACAAAAGAAAACAAAACAAAACGAAGCUUAAGAGUUUCACAUGAUUUAUCCAAACUAGUUGGUUGUAGAACUGGAAUUUGAGUUACCUUAGCUUACACAUAUAUGUUUUCGCUACUGUCAUUUUUUAAAUUUAAUUCAUUUUCCCAGUGGGUAACAAGCACUCUUUCAGAAUCUGGGAAUACACAGAUGAACUUGACAGCUAAUAUCUCUAUAUGCAAUAAUGUGAAGUUACAGUGGAGGAGACAGACAAUGAACAAUUUGAGGAUGGGUAUGUGUAUUCUAACUGCACAAUGCAAAAAUGGUACUAGGAAUAAAAUUAUACACACUCAAAUAUGCAUGCAUACAUACACACAUGUGUACACAAUUCUGAGCAGUGAAAAGAGCAAAGGAGAAAAAUGAAGCAAGGGAAGGGGUUGGCAUGUGGAGUGUAAGAAUCAGAGCUGUAUUUUCUCUAGGGUGGUCAAGAUGGUCUCUCUAAAAAGAUGGCAUUGAGCACAACUCCGGAGUGUGGGGAGGGUUUGGGUGAGGAGCAUUCCAGACAGAACAAACAGCACUUGCAAAAUCUUCACAAUUGGAUUUAGCUUAGCACGUUUGAGAGCCAUAAUAUCUGGUGAGGAGGCAGGGUCAGGUUAUGUAGAGCUAAAAAGUUCUUUGGUAAGAGUUUGGAUUUUAUUUAAGUUUGAACAACAAUUGUUUAAAACAUUUGAGCAGAACUGUGGUAUGAAUACAUUUGUAUUUAGUCAGUCUUGACGUUGGUUGGAGCAACCAUGAAGCAGCGAGGUGCAUUUGGAGGCUCUUUCAGUCAUCAGAAUGAGAAAUGAUGGUAGCUUGAGUGAAACGGAUAGUGCUUGCUGACUGUUCACGAAUUCCAUACUCAUACUGCACACUGACAGGAUGGCAAGUGACAAGAUUACAGUGAGGUUUAGAGCCCUUUCAUGUAGCAACAAAUUCUUCUACAUUCCUCAGUGAUACCUGAGGUCAUUACUGCGUUAUCACACAAUCCAGUGGGUGUCCAUGAUGGAGUCCUCAUGACAUUUUUAAGAAAUGUAAGCAACAUACAGAAACUAACAGAUUAUGUAGUUGAAAGAAUCAGAUAGUCCUGGGUUUGAAUUGUUACUCGGAUGCUUACUGUGUCCUUGGACAAAUCAGUGACAGACAGUGAUUUGUACCUAAGUUCUUCAGAGAAGUACUUCCUGUCCAGCACAGAAGUAGGAAGAUAUAAUUCAUAGAUAGCUUCCAGCCAGCAAGUGCUUAAAGGGUCAGCCUCAGCUACAUAGAGCCUCCUUGCCUGAUGUCACACCCUUUCUGGGGAAACUCAUUUCCAGUUAAGUGUAAGCAUAUAUUUCCAGCCAUUUCAGCCCAAUGUGAGAUACUGACAGGCAAAUCUUGCUAGGGAGCCCCCACUAGUUUGGCAAACACUCUCUUGGGUUUGCAUUAACGUUCAACUUCUCCCUCUGCUCAACCCUGCUUCCUUCUCCUUCCUUUCAGAAAUGUUGAUUCCUAAUAAACAUCUUGCGCUUCAGACUCUGUCUCAGUGUCUACUUCUGUAAAAUAGGAUGAUAAUAUCUCUGUCAUUGUUUUUUGGGUGGGACAGAUGAGAUAAUGUCAGUAGGUUAUCUAGCACAGUGUAUGUCACAGAGUAGCGCCUCAAUAAAUACUGGGUGCUACUAUCCCUAUCCCUCAUCUGGAUUAUUGUAAUAGUCUUUGGGUUAUUAUUCUUCUAAUACACUCUCUUACAAAUUAGAAAGUAGCUAA